UACUUUAGUAUAUUUUUCAGUCAAUUUAUAAUAGGAAACAAUGCAUGAGUUUGUAAUCAAUGUACAAAAUGAAACUACGAAGCUAUAUGAUAAACUCAACAUAAUUUUAUACAUUUUAGGGUUGCAAGGCAUAUGGGUUGACGAGAUUAAAUUAUCGCGAAGAUUUCAUGUAUUUUUUAAGGUUGUUACUUUUAUUUUACACAUUAUGUGUGGAAUGUUCGCUGGCCUUCAGUUUUUCGCUAUUUUCACGCAAAAUAGCUUGAACAGCCAACAAAAAUCAGACGUCAUUGUAAUCGGUAUAUCGAAUCCGAUGGCUUAUAUCUUUUGCAUCAAUUUCAUACGCAAUAGAAACGAGAUUAAAGACUUAUUUUAUCAUUUGGCGGUUGUUCUCAAAAUAUAUUACAAUGAUGUAGAAAUUGAAAAAAGUAUGGUUAAGAAGAUAAAGUCCUACAUAAGCACUUAUGUGUUUGCGUCUAUUACAAUUCUAGUCAGUAAUGGUAUUAUUGCAUUUUUUCAAACAAUUAACUCAGACGAACCAUUCUUAGGAAUAAUAACAGCGUGGCCAGAUAAAACUGAUACCUCAAAAACUGCUGGUUACGCAAGGAUUGGUUUUUACUUAUUCUGGUGCAUUCACUUCUUUAGAAUCUCAACAGUAUUUGCUGUCAUAGUAUGUAUCUUGAUAAGUAUCAAGUAUCAGUAUAAAAUUUUAUGCAGCUACUUUGAAAGUCUGAACAAAAUCUUUGAUGACGAAACUUCAAGCCAUGAAGUUAAAGAGGCUGAAUUUGAAAAUGCUUUCUGUAAUGGAAUAAAAAUACAUACGCAAAUAAUUUGGUGUGUCAGAAGAUGUCAAAUUAUGUGUCGGACCGUGUUCAGUGCUAAUAUUCUGCUGGACACCUUUGUUCUCGUUGUCUUGAUGUUGGCGAUGGUGAAUUCAGAAAAUGACUUCUGCGGCUUGUGCUCACAAAUGUCAUCGGUGCUGGUAACCGUUGUCCUGAUGGCGUUCUUUAUGUGGACAGCCGGAGAUAUUACCGUGCAGGCAUCACAACUACCCGACGCCAUCUACGGUUCGGGCUGGUACAACUGUCGUGGAAAGUCCUCAGCUCGCAUUAGAAGCUUGGUCACUAUCUCCAUGAACAAAGCACAGCAACCAAUACUGAUGUGGGCACUAGGAUUUGUCGAACUUUCACACAAGAAUUUUGUAGCGAGUAUAUUUGUAGGUAUAACGUGCAUCAUGAUCCAAGCCAGUAAAUAUCCAAACAGUAAGACUAAAGAAUUAUUCAGAAAAAUCGCUCACAUCGCUUAUAUUUGUGGCCUACCAAAUUUUUGGAUCGAAGAACUGAACCUACCGAAGAGUUUCAUUCGAGUUUACGAUAAAAUAGUGCGCAUUUUCAAUGUGGCAACAUACUUUUUUCUUGGUAUAGAAAUUGCCGCGCACUUUACACAGCACCAUUUGACGAAUAAGCAAAAUUUUGAUUUGCUUCUGUACAGUAUAUCCCACCCGAUCCUUAACGGCUAUGGCGUAAUUGUUUCCAGACAAGUUGAGAAUGUAAGAAAGGUUUUGUUGGACUUAAUCGUGAAUUUGAAGGUACAAUACAAUGACCCUGUCAUUGAGGAGGCAAUGAUAAAGAUUUCAAUGACGUAUUCCGUGUCUUUGAUUACAAAUUGCGUUCUGUCGAUGCUCACGUAUACUUUUGACGCGUUGCUGAUGGUUUAUAAAAAAGGUGUAACAUUCAACGUUAUAAUAACGGCGUGGCCAGAUGUGGAAGACACUUCAACUGAAGCUAGCAUCGGCAGAAUAGGUUUCCACAUUUUCUGGUGGUUAUUUGUGACACGGCCGUUCGCAGUUUAUGUAUUGGUGAUUAACUUGACAACUUGCUUGAGUCACCAGUACAUGAACUUACAAAGCUAUUUUCAUAAUCUCGAGGAUAUUUUUAAAGAAAAUCUCAGUCAGAACGAAAAGGAAGCGAAAUACGAAGCGGAAUACAAAAUAGGGGUUAUGCUUCAUGCAAAUACGUUGAGAUGUACAAGGAGAUGUCAUAUGGUUUGGAACGGCGUUAUGAGUGGUCAAAUUAUAUUUAACAUCAGUCUAAUUGUCAUAAUUAUGGCUCAGAUGAUGAAUUCAGACCGAACGCUCGUAAACACUUUUGGUACUGUACUAACCGCAUCAGCUAUUCUUAUCAGCACCGGUUUCUUCAUGUGGAAUGCUGGUGACGUCACAGUUCAGGCAUCUCGUUUAGCGACAGCAAUGUACUGCUCCGGGUGGCAGAACUGUCGCGGGAAAUCAUCAGUCAGCAUAAGGAAUAUGGUGAUGAACACAAUAGCCGUCGCUCAGCGGCCGCUUGUAUUAAGAGGACUCGGAGUAAUAGAUUUAUCAUAUCAAUCGUAUUUAUCGAUUGUAAAAGCGUCGUACACUGUAUUUUCCGUGAUCUAUUAA